GUAGAGCUCCGCCGCACAGCGAGGAAGGCCCGGACUGACAGUAUAUGUCAGUAUAGCCCGUCAGAUAGGCUAUGUUGAGGCAAAACAUUUGGACGCUGGGAUUUUUUUAUGGACUCGGAAUCGAAGGAGUUUUCUUUCUAUCCAAACCCCUGUAGGACGUGGCGUCUUGCGAAUGCAUUGAAGUAGCCUAAAUUAGGUUCAUUUGCGGCGAAACAUACGUGCAUUGUUUUUUAUAUUGCGCACGGAGACAGCAACAGCAACCUGGACUACUCUUGUGAAACAGGAAUGGUUUAUCCUCCCGAAGGUUUAUUCUACAUCGAAAUGGAUCAAGCACCACCAGCUCUCCCUCCAAGGUCAACAAAGCCAGUGUCUUCCACCAUGAACAACAACUGCCUUUCGCCACCUGGGUAUUCGUUACAGGACGCCGAAUGGUAUUGGGGAGAUAUAACCAGGGAUGAGGUAAACGAAAAACUCCGAGACACACCUGACGGCUCCUUUUUGGUGCGUGACGCAUCCACAAAGCUGCAAGGAGACUUUACGCUGACAUUAAGGAAAGACGGGCACAACAAGCUGAUCAAGAUUUACCACCGCGAUGGGAAGUACGGCUUCUCGGACCCCCUCACAUUCACUUCAGUAGUGGAGCUCAUUUGGCACUAUCAGCACCAUCCGUUGGUGGAAUAUAACGCCACACUGGAUCUGAUGCUCACCCACGCUGUGUCCCGCUUCCAGCAGGUGAAAGAAGACAGUGUCGAUGUCGCUGGAAGAAAGCUGAAGGAAGUUCACAGUCAGUAUCAAGAGAAGUCAAAGGAGUUUGAUUGCCUUUACGAAGCCUUCACAAAGACAUCACAGGAAAUCCAGAUGAAGCGAACAGCAAUUGAGGCCUUUAACGAGACCAUGCUGAUCUUCGAGGAGCAGUGUCGCGAACAGGAGCGUUACGGAGAGGAGUUUGAAAGGAACAAUCAGUCCGAGGGAGCCGACACAGAUCUGGAGAGCUUUCUGAUAAAUUAUGAGAAGCUGAAGUGUCGACUCGGUGAGAUCUACGACAGCAAAAUCCAUCUGGAGGAAGACUUAAGAACGCAGGUGGAGGACUACAGAGAGACAGACAGGAAGAUGAACAGCUUGCGACCUGACCUCAUCCAGCUACGCAACAUCAGAGACCAGUACCUCAACUGGCUUAAUCACAAAGGCGUACGGCAGAAACGCAUAAAUGACUGGCUGGGGAUACAGAGCGACAGCCUCGACGACACAUACGUGUUGAAGGGAGAUGAGAAGAAUUUGCCACAUCAGGAUGAGACGAGUUGGUUUGUUGGUGAAAUGAGUCGGACACAGGCUGAGGAGAUGCUUCAAGGUAAAGCUCCUGGAACGUUCCUGAUCCGUGAGAGCAGCAAACAGGGAUGCUACGCCUGCUCUGUUGUUGUGAAUGAAGAAGUGAAGCAUUGCAUGAUCUACAGCACACCACACGGAUACGGCUUUGCUGAGCCCUACGAUGUUCACUGCUCACUGAAAGACCUUGUCCUGCACUAUCGCCUCCACUCUUUAGCGCAACACAAUGACGCCCUGGACGUUCGGCUGUCACAUCCAGUACACGCCAAAGCUGCAGCAACACCUUCUCAACACAUAGAGGAACACAAACUCUUACAGACUCCAAAACACACAGGGGGGCUCCCGCCUGCAGCGCCAGAAAUGUAAUCCAAUGGAGAGAGACAAAAGGACAUGUUUACUGUAUCCUGCAAGAACGACUGCAUCGAGGUGCAUUGUGUAAAAUUUUGCACUACAGUGAUUCCAUCGGUUUUUGUGAAUGGGAUUUCACAGAUUGAAGUGGGACCGGAACUUGAAUGUCAGCUUGAACUUUGGUUUUUGUUUUGUUUUUUUUAUUGUUGUUUGUUUGUUUUGUUUUUUUGUUUUUUGUUUU